AAUCAAAACUCAUGUGUGACAGGUGGCCACACCUUCACACCAUAGACUAUAAAAGCAGCAUGACCCUGAGCAAGUUCCUAAGCGGUUCUUUUCCACCAGCAAAUCACUACACUGAAAAACAGUGAAAGAAACAGCCAAGCUUUAUCACCCUUAAAACCUACCUAACAGAGGCUAGAGUUUACAUGCUUUAAUCUGUAUUUGUGAUUGGAACUCUACCUACAGGUGUUGAAGAUGGCACAGCCGAUGAGCCAGUGGUCAAGAGUGAUCCUCUUUGGUUGCCUCUUGUGUGUUGGGACGUUCCAGGUUUCAGGUGCCCAACAGUCAGUCAAGUCAACAGCUUUUUCCUUCUACAUGGAGAUCACCAACCGACCCUUUGAAGACUCACUCCUGGAUCCCUCUUCAGACUACUACAAGAGCCUGGAGUCUGAGGUUGAGGAUUUGAUGGAUAAGGUCUUCAAAUGCUCUUCUUGCGGCACCAGUUACACCUAUGCGGGUGCUACAGACAUGACUUUCAAGGGGGGAUCCUCGUCUGUGAUCGUGAAGACAAAACUUCUUUUUAACACACUGAUCAUAAACAGUUUGGUGGUCGAAUUCUUGUUCAUAGACAAGAUCAUUGCAGAUCCGCCCAAAGCCCUUAAAGUGAACCUUGAGUACACAAAAGAAAAUGAGCCGAUGCCUGUCCCUGCCACAGUCUAA